AUUUUCUGUUUUACGUAUCAGAAAAGUAAGGAUCAGAGAAAUUUAGUGACUUGCUUAAGGCUAUAUGUUACAAAAGUAGCAGAGAUGAACGGUAACCCUGAAACAAAAUCUCACAUACUUUUCUUCUCUACCAAACAGUUCACCAGAUGUUGAGAUACUGAACCUUUUGUUUUUCUUCCGCUUUGGGUCCAACAUUCAUUCUUCAAAUUGUGCAAAAGAAUCACCUGAUGCCCUUGAAUAGAAUACAGAUUCCUAGGGCUCCUAGGCGAAGUCUGCGUGUGGUGGUGUUUGUGGGGUGCUGCAUCCUUAGCAUCUCACAUAAUUCAAUUGAUAUUGACUUGUAGAAUGAAACUAAAACCACCCAAAUGAGAACAAGCGGACACUAUUCAGCUCUUGCAAUAGUAACAGAGUCAGCCACCAUCACUUGCCUUUGGCAGAGGCUCAAAGGCAGACAGAGGAUUGGGAAAGCUUUAUAAAACUGAAAAAAGGGGAAGGUUUCAGGUAUGUUCUGAUUGGAAGUUGUUGGCCUGGGAAAGCUGGAGGCAGACUACUAGAAAUAAGGGGGAUUUUAUGUGAUUGGUUUGCGGAACACACAGGCUUUCCCUGAUGGGUCCAGAAUUGGAAGUCCAGCAAAAACAGGGAAGUUGGCAGUCCUUGAGGAUGUCCUGACUGUUCUGCUCUGGCUACAGAAGUUAGGGUGUAGCUUCCGGGGGUUCUUCUGUGGUUCAGAGUUCUGUGUUCACAUAUAGUUUGGCCAUUGCCCUGUCUCUCACACCAUACUCUGAAACACACUGGGCCUCUGGUGUUCAUUUCAUCCUGGUCUCUUUCCUCCCCUGACGUGGCUGGACUGUAAGCUCCAUAAGAUCUCUAGGUACCAAUGCCUAGCCCUAUCAGACCCUCAAUAAAAACUUGCAAAUGAAUGGAUGAAUGAUAAAUGACAAGAUUUGAAACUGGCUUUUGCUGGAAGAAAAUGAACCUUCUGGUGUAGCACAUGGACAUCUUUGACGGGACCUGCUGUCACCAGGAAGAAAGGACCGGAGGCUGAUUCUUCCAGCUACUCUGCUCUAAAUACCUUAACCUGAAUCCUUCCCCUUAGCUGCUCUCCGUUUUUCUGAAAGCUUCCAGUCAUGGCUCUAAAAGGACAAGAAGAUUAUAUUUACCUUUUCAAGGAUACAGCGCAUCCAGUCGAUUUUCUGGAUGCAUUCAGAACAUUCUACUUGGAUGGAUUAUUUACUGAUAUUACCCUUCAGUGUCCUUCAGGCAUAAUCUUCCAUUGUCACCGAGCUGUUUUAGCUGCUUGCAGCAAUUAUUUUAAGGCAAUGUUCACAGCUGAUAUGAAAGAAAAAUUUAAAAAUAAAAUAAAAAUCUCUGGCAUCCACCAUGAUAUUUUGGAAGGCCUUGUGAAUUAUGCAUACACUUCCCAGAUUGAAAUAACUAAAAGAAACGUUCAAAGCCUCCUUGAAGCAGCAGAUCUGCUACAGUUCCUUUCGGUAAAGAAAGCUUGUGAGCAGUUUUUGGUAAGGCACUUGGAUAUUGAUAAUUGUAUUGGAAUGCACUCCUUUGCAGAAUUUCACAUGUGUCCAGAACUAGAGAAGGAAUCUCGAAGAAUUCUCUGUUCAAGGUUUAAGGAAGUGUGGCAGCAAGAAGAAUUUCUGGAAAUCAGCCUUGAAAAAUUUCUCUUUAUAUUGUCCAGAAAGAAUCUCAGUGUUUGGAAAGAAGAAGCUAUCAUAGAGCCUGUUAUUAAGUGGACUGCUCAUGAUGUGGAAAAUCGAAUUGAAUGCCUGUAUAAUUUACUAAGCUAUGUAAACAUAGAUAUAGAUCCAGUGUAUUUAAAAACAGCUUUAGGUCUUCAAAGAAGCUGCCUACUAACUGAAAAUAAGAUACGAUCUCUAAUAUACAAUGCUCUGAAUCCCCUGCAUAAAGAGAUUUCCCAGAGGUCCACAGCCACAAUGUACAUCAUUGGAGGUUAUUACUGGCAUCCUUUAUCAGAGGUUCACAUAUGGGAUCCUCUGACAAAUGUUUGGAUUCAGGGAGCGGAAAUACCAGACUAUACUAGGGAGAGCUAUGGUGUUACAUGUUUGGGACCCAACAUUUAUGUAACUGGGGGUUAUAGAACGGAUAACAUAGAAGCUCUUGACACAGUGUGGAUCUAUAACAGUGAAAGUGAUGAAUGGACAGAAGGUUUGCCUAUGCUCAAUGCCAGGUACUACCACUGUGCCGUCACCUUGGGUGGCUGCGUCUACGCUUUAGGCGGUUACAGGAAAGGGGCUCCUGCAGAAGAGGCCGAGUUCUAUGAUCCAUUAAAAGAGAAAUGGAUUCCUAUUGCAAACAUGAUUAAAGGCGUGGGAAACGCGACUGCCUGCGUCUUACAUGAAGUUAUCUAUGUCAUUGGCGGCCACUGUGGCUACAGAGGGAGCUGCACCUACGACAAGGUCCAGAGCUACAACUCAGAUAUCAAUGAGUGGAGCCUCAUCACCUCCAGUCCACAUCCAGAAUAUGGAUUGUGUUCAGUUCCAUUUGAAAAUAAGCUCUAUCUAGUUGGCGGACAGACUACAAUCACGGAAUGCUAUGACCCUGAACAAAAUGAAUGGAGAGAAAUAGCUCCCAUGAUGGAAAGGAGGAUGGAGUGUGGUGCCGUCAUCAUGAAUGGAUGUAUUUAUGUCACUGGGGGAUAUUCCUACUCGAAAGGAACGUAUCUUCAGAGCAUUGAGAAAUAUGAUCCAGAUCUUAAUAAGUGGGAAAUAGUGGGCAAUCUUCCAAGCGCCAUGCGGUCCCAUGGAUGUGUUUGUGUGUAUAAUGUCUGAUUGAAUCCAUAGAAGUGGACCCAGUAAUCACUGUUUUAGGGUGUAAUAAAAGAGACAGAGAAAGAUAGAAUUUGGGAUUUGGAGUCCCUUACUUAUUAUCGUUGUGGCCUGACACAUAAUGGGUGAAUUCCCAUGUCUAACCCCAACUCUUCACCUUAACGCAGUGAUUAAUGGAAAAAUCCUAUGUGUAUUUAUAUUUGAAUCAGUAGGGUUAACACCCUAUAAUCUCUGCUUUUCAAGGUAAUAUGGAAUUUUGGACACUUGGCAAAAAGUGAAAAACCUUUGUAGUGAAUUAUUCUCCUGGUAGCAUCAACACUGGGUGCAGGUCAGAAUCAUUCUUUGGAAUGAAAUGUCUCUUCUGACCCUGUAAUGUACUAGUGUAUAUUAAGGUUCCAUUUAGCUAGCAAGGAAUUUGAAAUUUUAAGGAGGGACUCUUCUCUACCUCUACAAAAUCAACACUUUAAAACAGCAUUUUUCCAUGGUUAGAUGUGUUUAGAAUGUGGACUUAUUUUAAGUCUUUUUUUCUUUGUAGUGUGUAUAAUUUAUUGUUCUUUAUUUGCUGACUGCCUGAGGUAUACAAGAUACUGUGCAAAAGAUUAUUACUGUUCAGAGUUUACAAACUAAAUUUUAAAGAAUAGCAAAUCUGAACAUUUGCAGAGAAAAUAGUUAAAUAUUUGCUAAUGCUAAGAGCUAUUUUUAAUUUUCAGCCUUGAUGUAAAUUGCUAGUUUAGGUGUCUUUAGUUCAAGCAUGUUAGAAAAAUCCUCUUUAUUUAUAAGUGUAGAUACAUUACUGCAUACAAAAUUGACUUUUAGAGCCAGAAGGCAUGUAGAACAGUUGUGAUGUAAUAGAAAAUACAUUGAUGAGAAGAAAUUUGCAUUCAUUUCCCAGCUGUGCCACUAACUAGAUUUUUUUGUGACUUGAAUUGAGUCACAGUCACUUAACCUCUCCCUGAUUAGAGCUUCAUGACCCAUGGACUUUGGGCCACAGAUGUGCCUACAUGUGGGUUCCCAUAACCCCUGGGGCAGCUAGAGGUAGCCUGGGUGGCUGGAGCUUCUGAGCAGAAACACCUUUGUCCACUUUCCCCAGUGUGCCUGCAGUAUUACUUUCUGUGUGUGCCAAAACUUGAUAAAAGUUGGGAAGCACUGCUUAAGUUAGCUGAAGUUUUAGUGAUCUGAUAGACCAUCUCUCCACACUCUUCAUUUUCUUAAAGACACAGUAAUUAUUUUUUAACUUAAAACAUGAAAGUUGAAAACUACCUAAUGCUUCUGAUUUUUUUUUUUUAAGAAAGGGACUGUUCAAUGCAUUCAUUUCAGGUGGCAUUUUAAAUAGAUGCAACCUUUUGGGAAUGCAAUAUGGUACCACGUAGAAGGAGCCCAAAAAAGGGCCAUAUCUCUACCCCAUAAAUUCUACUCCUAGAUUUGUAACAUAAAGAAUAAUAUAAAAACAAAACAAAGGGAAAUGCAUGAGGAUGUUUAUGUCUGCAUUAUUUAUAAUAGCAAAAAAAAAUUGAAAAUAGUCUAUGUGUCAAAGAAGAAAGCGGGCUGAUAAAAUAAUGAAGUAUCAUACUGCCAUUAAAAUAAUUAUUUGGAAGACUGUAAAAACAUGGUUGUGUCUGUGAUUCGGUAAGUCAAAUAAGCACCAUAGAAAAGAGUAUGCGUACUAUGAUUGUGACUUCGUAAAAUCUUUUUGCAUGUGGAAGGUAAUAAGCAAAACAAAUCCUUUGUGUUAGUGUAGGGGGAUGUGGAAUGAUUUUUAAUUUAUUUAAAUGGUUUUCUUUAAUAUUUGUGUUUUCAAUAAAAAUAAGUAAAUCACUGAAUAUGUGGUAAAACUGCUUGAAUUUGGCCUGAGUGAGUCAAAGGACAGAGUUAGUGAAACCGUUGAGUUAUAGACUAUUUCAAUCUAUAAUUGGAUUAUAGAUUUUAUUGCUUUUAAGGACACAUAGCAAUUAAUGCUGGACCAGUCAUGUGAUGUCCAGUAGUGUUUUAGAGAUCUGUUUUAUGGAAUAGAUGAAAACAGUUGCAAUCACCUUCCUCUGCUUUUAGCUUACCUAGGUCCUAUAGAAUCCUGACUGGAGUCCAGCCUCUGGGAAUUCUUCCCUGUGGCUCAGGCCCAGUAAAACUCCCUUUGUCACAUUUUAAGGAUUUAUCAUUAUAUAUGUGAAGUAUAUACAAUUUUGAGUUCGUGGAUCAUAUCUUUUUAGUUUUUUUCAAGUCCUAGCAUUUCAUUUGUCUCUCCAGUGUACUUUUUAAAGAAAGGUGAUGGUAUUGGUUAUUUUUACAAAAAAGCAUUCCUCAGUUUGCGGCCUGAGGUAUUUAAUUUAUUGUGCCUAUUUUCUGUAAAAUUCUGUUCUUGCUAUUGCUCUGUACACACAAGAAAGUGUUAGGGAAGGGAAGGUAAACACUUCUAUCAGCAUUAUCCCAAGUUCCAAAUCAUUGUAGUAUGAGUGGAAAAUAUUUUAGUAUAAUUAAAUGCAAAGCAUGGCUUUGGAAGGGCCAGCACUAUUUUGCAAAAUAAUUAAAACUGUGGAGAUGAUUUUAAGUAUGACUGAAUUAAGAGAACUCUAAGUAUCCAAAUUUUAAAGUUACUGUUUCUCAAGGUGCCUGGGGGUGAGGGGGAGCUCAGUCAGUUAAGCAUCUGACUCCUGAGUUCUGCUCAGGU